AUGACAGAAUCACAAGGUGUCCGUCGAAAGCGCGCUUUAUCAUUCGCUGGAUACACAGAUCUCCCGAAACUUUCCAGUGGUGUUCCGAUUACUCAGUUACCUACCAUCGGUAGAAGUCGCCGCCCAUCAUGCAUAUGUUCUGGGGACUAUUCAGCCGCUAGUGAAGUUUUCAAGGACAUCUCUAACAAGUUGAACAGUGCCAAUAGUAAUGCCGAAUUUUCAUGUUUAAGCGAAUUUCGGGUUUCGGAAAGUCCUGAUUUAUGUUCAAGGAAAACGUCAGUCGCAACAGUAGUUAGAGGUGAUUCACCAUGUAGCUAUACUUCAACUCCUCAAAUGUCACCGAGGCAAAAUAAUUCUUAUUCCGACCUGCUGACACUACUAAGACCACCUGAAUUGUCCGAUCAUAUCUUGCCUGAUGGUCCAUUAUCCUCAAAUCUUGUUAAACUCUAUCUUGCAAAGCUUGCUGCUUCCAAACCAUCUGAUGAUAUAUGUCCUGUUAAAUCACUUCAAUCAAUGUCACCGAAAGCCUCUACACAGAAUGAACUUCAUUGUCUACCAGAAUGUAUGCAACUACGUUCACCACAUUUAGCGUCUAUGGUUAUGCCAGUGAAUCAAAUCAUUCGUGCACACGCUAAUCAUCAAAAUAACUUUAAACCUGAGCAAAGAAAAUCAUCAAAAGAAGCUUUGAAUUCACUGUAUGCUAAUUUCAGCGAUCGGAAUGCACUAACAGAUACGAGUUAUUCGAGUGGAUUGAGUGAUGCAGAGCCAUGGAGUCUGUCGCAUACCUAUCAUACUAUUAAAAGUGGAUAUCUAUCAGAUAAUCAUCUUUUGGAGGCAGCCUCAGAAGCACAACGACUCAAUAUAAGUAAAAGACAGUUGGAAUUACGUUUGAAGAACUUACCAAGUGGUUCUAAUAAUAAUAUGUCAUCGAGUGAUACACAGACUAAUUCAAGAGAAAACUUAAACGGAUAUCCUGUACAUCCUGUACAUGGUACAACAUCAACACACAAAUUUGAAUUCACUCAUGUCUAUGAUGGUUUAAUACCACCAUCUCUUAAAAAUGUUAACAAAUCCCAUACGAAUUCAUUGAAUACAUCUCAAGUCAAUUUAAAUUGUACUGGCGAGGAUAAUUAUAAUGAUAAUAUGAUGCAUUCCUCGGUAUAUUAUUCAGUGCCUAAUUCUCCCAGCAUACAUCAUUCAAAGCGUUCUAAUAUGAUGAAUAAUGACCAUAAAAUAGUCGAAACAAAUACCCAUAAAUUUGACUUUCAUGAUAAUAAUAACAAUAAUGUUAUUGACAGUAUUGGGGGUGGUACGUUUAGUAGUAG